CGCUUACACGCUCGCACACCACCAACACGCAAGCACGUGCGCGCUCGCGCGCGCUUUCGGUUUUGCAAGCGUGUGCGUAAGCGAGCGAUGUGUUUACGUAUGUGUGUGUUUAUACAUGUGUAACGCGCCAUAUACACAACCUGUAAAUACAACCGCGUUUUCCACCGUAGGCGUCAAACGUCUCUCGCGCAAAUCGGAAUGCUCGAGAGAGCCGACCAGAGCUAUUUCGUUUCCGCAACAAAAGUCCGCGCGAGUGUGAUUCGUAUAUGUGCGUUCAAUUUGGUUUUUGUUCGCUACGCUAAAAGCAUAUAUUAUAUUAUACAUAUGCCGCAAUUGCGAAUAGACGGCACAUAUGUGCGUACAAUGUAACAAGCUCGCUCGUGCGGUAGAGAAUUGCGGAAUACUUUUUUUUAACCACGAGAUUGAUCCAACAUCACUCUGGUUGGUGCGUUCACAGACUGACCGAUUGUUGUAACAACGCGCGAAUUUGCCUUAUGCGUCGAUUGACGAGCAGGUGGAGAGGUGAAUUGAAAAAAAAAAAAAAAGGUGCGAAUGAUUAGAAAAUAGAAAUUGCUAGUGAAAAAAAAAAAAAAGAAAUCAAAAGUGCAAUUAGACGUACGACAGGUCCACUGGUCUGCCGCAUCGAAGUGAGCGUGAUUCGGUGUUUCACAUUCGGAGCGAAUGUCUUGGUAGAUCAGUCACAAUUAUGAAAAGGUGCGUAUUCUUUCGCCGUUCUGAGGAGAAACCGAUUCCCGGAAUUGCACGUAUGUUUGGAACAAAUCUGAUCCCCUUUUGCGUCAACUAGAGGCGAACUGCGUGGCUCAUAUAUCAUGAAUGCUGGAAAAUAUUCAUAAGAAUUGUCUGAUGACAGUCGAUUGGAGUAUUUUCUCUUUCACAUGUGUCAACCAUUUUCAAAAUAUUUCUGUUCUCUAUCAUUCUGGCACACAGUAGAUGGCAAUUUGAUUAUGUAACUCUUGUUGGAUUAUUGACCUAAAAUCUUGGUGAACUUAUUUUUAAUGACAUCCCUGGAAUGUAGUCAGCAUAGCAGAGAGGUGGUGUCGAGAGGGUGGUUGACACGCCUUCGUAUAUUUGAGAUGAUUGAAAGUGUAUCACGCAGAGCGUUGAGUGGCUCCAGCGGGAGCUACCACGUUCGUGGUGCUGAAUUAGCGAGAAAUCGCAGAUUAAAAUCUCUGUCAGCUACUGUUACUUUUUUAGAUGAUACACAGCACACAUUUCAGUUAGAUAAACGAGCAAAAGGACAAGUUCUUUUAGACUUGGUCUUUCAACAUUUGGAACUCAUUGAAAAGGAUUACUUUGGUUUACAGUAUGCUGAAAAUGGAGUUAAUGCAACUAUUCCUACAUCUGACGUAAUGAGAUGGCUAGAUCCUUCUAAACCUAUAAAAAAGCAAAUAAGAAGUAAGGGUGGACAUUUCUUUUUUAAAGUGAAAUUCUAUGUAUCCGAUCCUAGUAAACUACAAGAGGAAUAUACCAGAUAUCAAUUCUAUUUACAAAUACGGAGAGAUAUUUUACAAGGGAAACUACAGUUGCCACCUAGUACAGCUUGUUUAAUCGCAAGUUAUACAGUUCAAUCGGAAUUAGGCGAUUAUCAUCCGGAAGAACAUGGGCCAGGUUAUCUGUCACAUUUGCAACUGAUACCUGGACAAACAGAAGAAAUGGAAAAGAAAAUAUCGGAAUUACACAAAUUACACAAAGGACAAUUGCCAGCUGAUGCAGAAUUUAAUUUCUUAGAUCACGCUAAGAGAUUAGAUAUGUACGGAGUGGAAUUACAUAAAGCAAGAGAUUCAACGAACAAAGAGAUACAGUUAGGUGUUACAUCAAUUGGUUUGGUUGUGUUUCAAAAUGGUAUAAAAAUCAAUGUAUUCUCAUGGUCAAAAAUAGUUAAAAUAUCUUUUAAAAGGAAACAAUUUUUUAUACAGCUUCGGCGAGAACAAUCUGAAAAUUACGAUACAUUGCUGGGCUUCAAUAUGCAAACUUAUCGUAGUUCUAAAAAUUUAUGGAAAGCUUGUGUUGAACAUCAUACCUUCUUUAGACUUCACAGCCCGAAAAUGCGGCCGAAACGAUUUCCUCUUACUUUAAGUAGUAGGUUCACGUAUUCAGGACGUACGGAAUUUCAAACGGUUGAAGAUGGGAAACAUAGAGCGCGUGUGGAAAGAACAUUUAUACGGUCUCCUAGCAAAAAACUCACUCACACUAUUACGGCACCUGUAAGUGAAGACAAAGGAAAAUUAAUACCUCCCGGAAGAUCCGCACGAUCCUAUGACAAGGUUCAGUCUCUCGGCGCUCGGGAACCUCGUCAAGCAUGGGGAGAAGGACAUCCAAGUGACGAUGAAGGUGGUUUUUUAUCUUCUUUGAGGGAAGAAAUAACAGGAAGCUAUACUCAAGGUGGAGCUUUUUCCCCGGCAUUGGGAUCUCGAGUGUUUACUUACGCGGACGAUGAUACAACUAAUGAAAGAAAUAUUUACGAUCUGCCAGACUAUAGCGAGCCUACAAGCUCACCAGCGCCACAAAUAUUAGAAGACGGUUUAGUUACCAUAUCGUUAACACCGGACGAACAAGGUCGUUUUGGUUUCAAUGUAAAAGGUGGAUUAGAUUUGGAUAUGCCGAUCUUGGUGUCACGAGUCGCUCCGAACACACCCGCUGAUCGAUGUUACCCGAAAUUGAACGAAGGAGAUCAAGUUGUUUACAUCAAUGGAAUCGACGUGAGUGGUUUGUUGCAUGAACGCGUGGUAAAUCUAAUACGGCAAUCGCGCGAUCGCGGAACCGGUGAACUUACGUUAACCGUCAGGCCUAACGCUCUAUACAAUGCAUUAGCUGGUACCGAUGAGACAUCCGAAGAAGAACCGCCUUAUAGGUAUGUGCCUGAUGCACCUCACGCGGCCAUUGGAUCCGACGCACUGGCACAAUCUAUGUUAUUGCUCGCGGACGGUCUAGCAAGCGGUGCUCUUAUCGCGCAGUAUGAGCAGUUGUACAGAAAGAAUCCGGAACUCACGUCACUUGAAUCAAAGAAGCCAGAAAAUCAAUCAAAAAAUCGCUACCGAGAUAUAUCGCCGUACGAUGUCACCCGAGUGAUCUUGAUGGGAUCUACGAACGGGGAUUAUAUUAAUGCCAAUUAUGUGAAUAUGGAAAUACCAGGUUCUGGCAUUAUUAACAGAUAUAUUGCCACGCAAGGUCCGUUGUCUUCCACCGUUGCCGACUUUUGGCAAAUGGUUUUAGAAGCCGGCAGUACGCUCGUCGUUAUGCUGACGACUUUGGUUGAACGUGGUCGUGCGAAAUGCCAUCAAUAUUGGCCGGCGUACAAUGAGACUUUGACUUUAAGAAAUCUCACACUUACGUCCACUGCGGAAAACGUCGAGGAUACAUUUAUUUUUAGAGAAUUCAUACUUCGCGAUGUUAAUACAGGGGAAGAGAGAGAUAUAACGCAUAUGCAGUAUUGCAGCUGGCCCGAUCACGGAGUGCCUAGCGAUUGGCGGCAAUUUACCACGUUUACAGAACGUGUCAGGGCAGCUCGUACCGGAAUAGUCGAGCCCGCGGUUGUGCAUUGUUCCGCUGGAAUAGGACGAACCGGUGUAUUAGUUUUAAUGGAAACCGCCCUGUGUUUAAUUGAAGCUAAUCAACCAGUAUACCCAUUAGAUAUUGUACGCUCUAUGAGAGAUCAGAGAGCAAUGAUGAUACAGAAUGCUAGUCAAUAUAGAUUUGUGUGUGAAGCAGUUCAUAAGGCUUACAGUGAAGGAAUAGCCAAGCCACUUCCAGAGUUUAGUAGGUGAAAAUAAAAAACAAAAAGGCAGCAUUGUAAUUAUAUCAUUUCUUCUUUCACAUCUUACAUCAUGCCACUUUAGAUCAUAGUUUUAUACUUUGACAAUAACGUAUAUAUAUUAUAAAAAAUAUAUAUUUAAUAUAUAGAAUAUUCUCUAUAGAAAAAACAUUUUUAGUGUGUAAAGUAUAUAUCACAUUUACAUAUAACUGACGUCCAGUGCUCAUCUGUAUUUUAAUAUUUCUGUGUCUCUACUCGUAUUGUAGUUUUUACAAAAAAAAAAAAGUUCGAUUUAGUGAUAUAUUCUAGUAAUUGGUUCAAUUUCUCUUUACACAAGAUAUCAUUUCGUGCAAAACAAAAAUGUGAUCACGUUUGUCUCGAACAUAUGUGUGUGGUAACUUUUUCUAAUAAUUUUAAAAUAUACAUUUCUCUUAUGCAUAUGAUAUAUUUCUCUCGAAGAGAAAUGUUAGAAAGGCAAAAACUUCUAUUAUGUAUGAUAUAUAUAUCAUUAAAUUUAUACAUAAAUUAAAAACAGACAUUUAGGUAUUUAACAAAAAAUUUAACAUAAUAUGCAAAUUUUAACAGCAUUGAAUAACGCGACUAUUCGAAUUUAUUUAAGAAGUAAUGAUUUUAUUAUUCGAUAUAUAUUAAAUAGAAAGUGUUAUUAUUGUCAUAACAAAAACUACCAAUAUGUUAUAUUUAUUAACAAAAUAUUUUUACAUUAAUUUUUUAGCGAUAAUAAUCAAAUUUUCUUGUGUGAGAAUUUCAUAAAUGAAUAUUGUUGAAAUUUUAAUUUCUAGAAGUAAUAUAUUGUUAAAAAAUUCGUGUAAAAUCAAAGAAAAAAAAUAUUAAAAUGCAUAAAUUAAUAUGUAUAUUUUAUAAUAUCACAAAUUUGAAGUACAAGUAUGAAAAUAAUGACAAGUAUAGAGAAUGUUUCAGAUCUUGUAUUACAUCCCAAAAUUAUUUGGGAACAAAAAUUCUAUACCAAAACAUAUUAAAGCUCUAAUAGAUUUUGAUUUAUAAAUGUUAAAAAAAUAAAUUACUAAAAAAAAUUAGAUAAUCUAAAGUUUGCUCACUUGAGACGUGAUGCACUGCAUCAGUCUGAAAUAUUCUGAAAUAUUCUGUAUACUAGGAAAAAAAUCUCUUAUUUAGAUAUAACAAACAAAAAGAAGUAUCACACGCGAUACAAACAAAGAAUAUAUACAACAACUGUGUAUCUCACUCACAAUAGAUAUUUAUAAAUUUCCGCGCAUUAUUUAUUUUUUACACAAUAAACCAGAUAAUGCACUAACAUAUCUCUACAUACAAAGCUUUAUCUGUAAUUUUUUCACAAACAGGCUUUUUUUCUGCUUGACAUAUUCGUUGAACUUUCAAUAGUAUAAGACUUCAAUCUCAUUGUAUUAAUAAUACUAGCAUUUUUUAUAAUCUAUUUUUGUAAUACUACAAAGUGUGUGUGGUACUGUGUAAUAAACAUUAUAUAAGAAAAGUAGUAGCCUGUAAUCUUUCAUGCGUGUCCAAAAGAAAGAAAGUUGAUCUUUGACCGAUUAUAAAUUGCGCCUAUGAAUGUACACACUUGAAUGAAUAUAUUUUCUUUAUUACAUAUUGCUUUUAAAAUGUCUAUCACACUUAAAAUGUAUAUUCUUUGUUAGCGCAUGAAAGAAAGGAAAAAAACGCAAAAUCUAUGUCAAUAUAGUCUAUAUGUACAAUAACUAAUUGAACAAAAAUCAAAGAAAUCUUAUAAACUAUGAGAAAGGACAA